ACGACAGCCAGCCAGAGGAGCAGACGCCAGCUGUUCAACGGAGAGAAUCACAUCGCGCACCACUGCUAGCUAGCUAGCCAGUAUUGUUGUUCGCAUAGUCACGUCGUCGUCUAUCCGUCAUCCGAGUCGUUAACGAUCCUCGUACAUCGCGUAAUAUAUUCGUUGUUAAAAAAGAGACGUUGUGAUUUUGCGCACGGUCGUGCAUUUCUCGAUUUUAACUGGUUAAUUGCUUUGUUUCAAGUGGUCCGGCGUGCAUGUGUGUGUGUUUGUUUGUGUGCAUCAGUGUUGGGGAAAAAUAUAUUCCCGUUGUUCACGCGUCGAUAAAGAUACAUAAUAUUGCGUAUCGGGGAAAGAUAAAUUGGCUAAAAAACAUCGUCCCUUCGACGAGUGGCAACCCAAAUAGCCGAUAAGCCGAAACGUUUCGACACCUAAACUUUCCGAUAUCCCUGAGGGAAAGAGAGGAAAAAAAAGGAAAGAAAAAAAACGCUGGCCAUCGCGAGAGUUUUUACGAACCUGCUUGUGGCCUAGCAGCCGCGAAAAAAGCCGCAAGGUAAGCAGGAAAAUACGGGAGAACACAAUACUAAUUGAGACAGACUCUGAUUCUGCUCACGGAUCGCGACGAGGCACAAAAAAAUUCGUGGGAAUCGGAGGCAGGAGUUUUAUAUUCUCGCGCGGUGAAAUUCCCCUGGGUUCACCCGGACACUGCAAUAGCUUUAACAACCGAUAACCGUAGCGUUUAAUAGAAAUACAUAGGUCGUCGUUGAGAAAAAACGUGAUUCGAGCGGAAGGCAAGAGAGCCCGGCACGUAAAAUAAAUCUCUCUUCUACAGGAAUGGCGCAACCGACGAGUAGCGCGCUGAGGGCACUCGCUCUCGAGUACAAAAGCCUCCAAGAAGAGCCAGUCGAAGGAUUUCGUGUGAAAUUGGUCAACGAGGACAACAUGUUCGAAUGGGAAGUCGCGAUCUUCGGACCACCGGACACACUUUACCAAGGAGGCUAUUUCAAGGCACACAUGAAAUUUCCACCUGAUUAUCCGUACAGUCCACCGAGCAUUCGAUUCAUGACAAAGGUCUGGCAUCCAAAUGUAUACGAGAACGGAGAUUUGUGCAUAUCGAUCCUACACCCGCCAGUCGACGAUCCACAGAGCGGAGAACUACCGUGCGAAAGGUGGAACCCGACGCAAAAUGUCAGGACGAUCCUCCUCUCGGUUAUUUCACUACUGAACGAACCCAACACGUACAGCCCAGCAAACGUCGACGCCUCGGUGAUGUACAGACGUUGGCGCGACUCCAAAGGGAAAGACAAAGAAUACGAAAAUAUUAUCAGGAAACAAGCCCAGGCGGCGAAAACAGAGGCAGAAAAAGAGGGUAUAGUCGUGCCGUUAACGCUCGAGGACUAUUGCAUCAAGACGCGAGCACGACCGGCAGAACAACAGCUUGACAUGACAGAUUUUUACGAUGACGAAUACGAGCUGGACGACGACGAGGACGAUCAGCUGAGUGCGAGCGAUUAUGAGGAUGGUGACGACAGCGGAAACGGAGAGUCGUGAUCCAUCUCUUGAAGACUAAGAAUCACAAUAACAAUAAUAAUGAUAAUGAAACGAAUAAUAAUAAUAAUAAUGAUAAUAAUAACAAGCAGAAAAAGGAGGAGGAGACGAAGACGAAGACGAAGUAGACGAAUCUGAAGAAGAGUCCAAACACCAAUUAUAUAUUUAAAAAAAAAAAAAAAAAAUCAUAUAUAUAUAUAUAAAUAAUGAUUAUGAAGAUGAUGAAAAAAAGAAGAUGGAAAAAAAUCAACCACAUACACAAACACGCAAACACACACACGUAAUAAAAGUUUUAAAAAACGUAUGUAUAUCUUAUUGAUUAACGGAUAAAAAUAAAAUACCGAUCGAAAAUAGGUUCCAUUCUCUGCGAGAAAUGGGUGUAGAUUGUACGUGCUAUGUAUUGCGGUGAUUAUUAUUGUUAUUAUAAAAGCGAACGCCAACGAGCAUUAUAUCGCUCAAACAUCAAAAUUUAUUUCGAUUUCAAUCGAUCGUCGGUUACGAAAUUCAUUUUUCAGUCUCGUUCUUUUUUCGUUUUUUUCAUUUCCUUCGUAUCCUACCGUUUCUAUCGUUCGAAGCAUUAUGAAAUACGUUGAUAAUAAAACGGAUAGUCAUUACGUAUUAUUAUAUGUUGUUAUAAAAAAAAGGGGAUAAAAUCCUUGUCGCGGAUAAAGAAUGUAUAAUCAAAUUUAAGAUAUGAUUUUCACGUCAAUGUAAAAAUUAUGCGCGCUGCGGAUAAAGCCGUGAUCUCGAGAGAACAUUCAUGAUCUUGUUACAUAGAUUUCAUCGAUUGUAACGAUAGAGUGACGUGUAAAUGAAUAAAUGAAUUAUUUGAUUAUCUAAUUGAAUAUAAACACACACACAUACACGCAUAUAUAACACCUGUCGACCUUAACAUUUCAUUUUUAUAUCCUCUCGUAAAAUAAAAUUAGUUUCACUUUUCUUUUUUUCUUUACACCGUCGGUUUUUUUGUUAUCACUUUCUCUCCUUUUAUUCUAUUUUUCUUCGGAUAAAUAAAUCUACAAAUUUACGUUAAGCAAGGCUGUGUAGAUCGUUUGAUGAAUAAUAAAAUAAGUGAAUAUAUUUAACGGAAAAGGGGAGAAAAAAUAAAAAUGGACGUAGGGUCGCUAGGUGGUGGUUUAAACCGUCGAUAUACAGAUAUAUACAAUACAAAAUAUACUUUUUUUAAAUACGCAUAAAUAAAAAUUAUAACGCUCGUGACUCGAAUAUCGCGAUCUAUAAUAUGUAUGUAUAUGUAUCUCUAUAGUAAGCUGAGCGUCGGUUUGAUGCGUUGUGAAAAUAAAACGUAAAAAAUGUAAAAA